GCAAAACCUUUGCUGGGAAAUGCGCAAAUGAACACAUUUAAGGCGUUUCACGACUGAAAAUCUGGAAAUAAAGGAAGUGCCUUUAUUCGUUUUGUUUUUAAAAAAUGAAAAAAUAAUUGGUUGAACCAAAAGUGCCAAAAAAAUAGCGUCGGGCCCAAAAACCGAAAAUGAUUUAAAACAAAAAGAGGAAAUAGGCGAACUGCGCGUGUACGGACGGCACUCGGGGGGCUCUUUUUUCGGCUUCCUCCAUUUCCAGGCGAGGGAGGGAGGAAGGAAGGAAGGAAGGAAGGAAGGGACCGCCGCCGCCGUCGCCAGACUGGCAAGAAGCCGAAAAUGCUCGUUUGUGCCCGCGACGCCGACUGACGGAGCGACCCCCUCCCCGGAAGAAUGGAGCGCACCGGCAGCUAACCCCUCCCCGCCCCGCCGCCUCCCAGCAUGUAAACCGCCUCGACGCGGAAGACAGUUGCCUCGUCACCCACCGCAGGAGGACGGUUAAAGGCCGGAGGGGGGUGGCUCCGGCUCCGGCUCUGGCUCUGGCUCUGGCUCUGGCUCUGGCUCUGGCUCCGGCUCUGGCUCUGGCUCCGGCUCCGGCUCCGGCUCCCGCUCCCGCUCCGAGCUCUUGAACAACACGCGUCCGCGCCGCUCUCGUUCUCCGGCUGCGGGAGGCUGGCGAGCCCCUUUUGGAGCCACGGAGGACCGCCGCGGCGACACGAGCGAGGCGCCGCCGAAAAUGAGAUGAGGCUCAGAAAUGGAACUGUGGCCACUGCGAUAAUUUUCUUCACGUCUUUCCUCAGCUUGUCCUGGUACACCGCCUGGCAAAAUGGCAAAGAGAAACUAGUGGCAUACCAACGGGAGUUCCACGCCUUGAAAGAGCGCCUUCGUGUGGCCGAGCACAGGACGCUGCAGCGCUCGUCGGAGCUCAACAACAUCCUCGAGCAGUUUCGGCACGCCAUUGCCGAAACCAAUAACAGCAAAGACACCCUCACCACCUUCUCAGAUGAGACCCAGAAACUUUUGAAGGAGCUGUCCAAUGGAAAACCUCUCCACGUGCCAAACAUCUACCACCACCUGCCUCACCUCCUCAACAAUGAGGGCAGCCUCCAGCCCGCCGUGCAAGUCGGCCUCGGGCGCACCGGAGUCACCAUGGUGAUGGGGAUCCCGACAGUGAAGCGCAAGGUGAAGUCGUACCUGGCGGAGACGCUCCACUCGCUCAUAGACAAACUGUCUUCGGAGGAGAAACUCGACUGCGUCAUUAUCGUCUUCGUUGGGGAGACCGAUGUGGAAUACGUUCAGAGUGUGGUUUCCGACCUGCAGAAGGAGUUCUCGUCAGAGCUGAAUUCCGGUUUGCUGGAGGUCAUUUCACCUCCCGCCACCUUCUACCCAGACCUUAGCAACCUUAAAGAGACAUUUGGAGACUCCAAAGACAGAGUCAGAUGGCGGACAAAGCAGAACCUGGACUAUUCCUUCCUCAUGAUGUAUGCAGUGAGCAAAGGAGUUUAUUACGUUCAGUUGGAGGACGACAUCGUGGCCAAGCCCAACUAUUUCGCCACCAUGAAGAACUUUGCCCUCCAGCUGUCGUCCGAGGACUGGAUGGUCCUGGAGUUUUCUCAGCUGGGCUUCAUCGGAAAGAUGUUCAAGGCCCCAGACCUGAAUCUCAUUGUCGAGUUCAUCUUCAUGUUUUAUAAGGAGAAGCCAAUCGACUGGCUGCUGGACCACAUUCUUUGGGUCAAAGUGUGCAAUCCCGAGAAAGACGCGAAACACUGCGAGCGCCAGAAGUCCAGCCUCCGCGUGCGUUUCCGACCCUCCUUGUUUCAACACGUGGGGCUGCAUUCUUCUCUCGCCGGAAAGAUCCAAAAGCUCACAGACAAAGACUUCCUGAAGCCACUCCUCCACAAGAUCCACGUCAACCCUCCUGCUGAGGUUUCCACCUCGAUGAAGGUUUAUCAGGGCCAUACGCUGGAGAAGACGUACCUCGGGGAGGAUUUCUUCUGGGCCAUCACGCCCAUCGCGGGAGACUACAUCCUCUUUAAAUUCGACAGACCCAUCAGCAUUGAGAGGUUCCUGUUUCGCAGCGGUAACCAGGAACACCUCGGGGACAAGAUGCAAAACACGACGGUGGAAAUACUGCCCGUCUCCGAACCUGGACUGCAGACCAAAGAGAAGUACAAACGGACUGAAGACCGCUUCUACAGGAUCGGUCAGUUUGAAAAGGGCGUGGCCGAAGGGGCCGUCGACCCUUCCUUCAAUCCCAUCCUGGCCUUGCGACUGUCCGUUCGGAAAAACUCGACCGUGUGGGCCAUCAUCAGCGAAAUCCACAUAAAGAGGAUAGCGGGCUGACGUCUGCGCAGGGCCCCUUUUGGACUGCGGCCACCCCCCCAGGGAGACCAAAACCUUGUCUUGAGGUUUACUGCUCACAUUAGGGCCUCAGGCAGCAGUGAAGUCACCUGAGCCCACUUGGGGCUCAUCAUUCUUUCUUUAUCUCGCCCUUUUCUCCCCGCGUCCGUCAUUCUCUUGCUUACCUCGAUAGUGAGAAUGUGAACCGUGCUGUCGACGGGCAAAAAAAAAAAAAAAAAAAAAAAAACAGCUGUUAUGAGCCCUCGGGGCCAUGUGACGGAAUCAUCCAGCAACUUUGGAACGCAGGAUAAAAACCAUGACGUCAGUCCACGCAGUCUGUUCAACUCAAUGCUGCCACCGUCGGGCGCGCUGGGGCGUCGCAGGCUUGACCAGCGCCACCAGCCGAUGCCGCGUCCGUGACGGUGCCAGGAAUGUAUACCCGAACCCACAAAUGAGGAAAUACCAUGUUAAGACCAACACCAGCCCAAACACACACACACACAAAAAAUACUCCAUUGUAUUUAGGAAACUUGCUGGGUACAGUCGGUCAAAAUUCAUCAAGAGAAAGAAAAAGUGACGAAAAAGACAAAACCUCCGUCUGACCAAACCAAGCAGACAUCGCCUCGGCCCCCAUUUUUCCAGAAGGAAUAUAUAUUGCUGUAGUAUUAAUGAUACGAGGAUCUACGAAGGUGACUUACGUAAUUUAUUUGAAAAUUUUUAAUUUGUACACGAAGUACAAUAUAUAUUUUUAAUCUUAUCGCGAGAUGUUUACGCUCAGCGCGGCAUUUUGUCUGUACGUGUUUGCUCGUCUACUGUGCGUCCUCAUGAUUUAUUACAGCUACGCGGGAGCCGUCGCCCCGUUUCGUUUCACUUGAAGCCGAUCGACGUUAUUGAUCAUUUUCACGCGGGAUUUCAAAGACGAGAACGGACUCUCUCUUUUUGCGCGUCAAAUGUGGAGAAUUGUGCCUUAUAUCGGGUUCCCCUCAAGUGUAUCACCUAUUUCAAUCACACUUGCGUGCAUUUCACAGGCUGGAUAUAGUGUUAUUAUUAUUAUUAUUGUUAUUAUUAUUCUUGAAGUGAAAAUAGCAGACAGUUCAAUCAGUGUACAAGUACGCGGGACCACGUUGCAUCUUAAACUGCUUGCUUUUGCACUGCUUAUUUGUCGUAUCACGAGUGAGAUCGCCGUCUUUUCGUCGUACAAGGACUAUCAGGGCCAUGCUGAAGAUGGGGGGGGGGAGAUUGUUGAAAUUCGAGAAAUUGUUGCUUCAUUCUCAUAAUUGAAGUUUUUUUUCCUUGUAUAAUGCAAGACAAAUUCAAAUCACCUUAUUUUUGUUUCUUUUUUUUUUUUUUUUUUAAUCUUACAAGCAUGGCACUAAUACUCCUCCAUGCCCUCGUUCACUUGUCUGUAUUCACUUAAAGGGGAAAUCCAGUACUUUGCAUGAAACGUGUAUCCAAAAGUUCAUGUAAUAUGCACCCUAUUUUGACAACGUGAUCUUAAAUCCUGUCAUUUAAUAGUGUUUUGAGGAGAUUUUGUAUCGACAAUUACGAAUUUUUAGGGCCGCUGCCGUUUUCGCAAAUCACAUGACCUCUGUUGUCGGAUGUGACAUCUUGCGUGCCGUUCCAAACGCUCGAUUACGUGAGACACCGUUUACGCCCAGUGCCAAUUUUUGGGGAUUUAUCGUCAUCUGAUGAAGAAAUCGCAGUACCGUUUCAUCAGGACGACGGAGGAAUACUUCCAUACAGAUUUGAACCUGUGGCUGCAAACGUUGAAUAUUCGGAUGGUUCUUCGGACGGAAUGACGCCAGAGGUCGACUACACGUAGGCCUAUGCGCGUCACAUUAGUGCGUAAAUAAAGGCCCCCGGAGCUCCAGGCCGGCAGCGGCGGAGGCCUUUAGCCUAGCUUCGGCGUCCGGGGCUGACGGCCUCCGCCGCCUGGAAGCUCGGCCCGCCGCCGGAGCUCGCUCGUCAGACUCCGCGUCAUUCCCGUCCGAAGAAGCGUCCGCGGCUGCCGGCCCGGAGCUCCCGCGGGGCCUUUGCUUACGCGCUUAUGUCGGGCGUAGGCCUCCGAGUAGUCAGACUCCGUCGUCAUACCGCCCCAAGAACCAUCCAAAUAUUCAACAUUAAUUACAGCCACAGGUUCAAAUCUGUAUUCCUCCAUCUUCCCGAUCAACCGAUACUGCUAUUUCUUCAUCAGAUGAGGAUAAAUAUGAGAAACCGGCUGUGGGCAUAAACGGUGUCCCGUGUAAUCGAGCCUUUGUUGCGGCACGGUACACGUCACAUCUGCCCGCGUACGUCAUGUAACUCACGAAAAUGGCAGCACCCCUGAAAAUUCGAAAUCGUCGAUAAAAAUCUUCUCAAAACACUAUUAAAUGAGAGAGGAUUUAAUAUCUCAUUGUCAAAAUGGGGUAGAAUAUUACAUGAUUUAUUGGAUACACUGUUCAUGCCCGGCAGUGAAUUUCCCCUUUAAUGGACUUUUUUUUUGUCCACGCAUAUCUUGUUUUUGUUUAGGAACAGAAUGUCACGACUACUGAUCGUCUAGGAGUGCACCUUUUUAUCGUAGGGGUUUUAACAGGGGAUGUCGCGUUCCUUCACUUAUUGUAAAUAUGAAUAUAAAAAGCAAUGAGCAUCUCUUUUUCUGUCAGUCUUCCACCUCGCUUAAGUAGUUGAUUGAAAUUCAUAUUGCUUUUGUUGUUAUUGCUGACAUUUUAAACGCCCGUGGUUUUUCUUCAAGGGGGUGAGGGAAGUGCCUUUUGGUGGAAUGGACAGUGCUGUCGCCGCUGUGCUGUUUAUUCACACAUUUGUACAUGCAGUACAGAACCACGCGACGGCCGUCGGGACGUCGUCCGGACAACGAGACGCCUCAAAGGUUCUUUGGCUGAAAGCAAAAUGGCGUGACUUGUAACGGCAAGAAAAACCCUUUGUGAAUGUGUUGAUGGAUAGUAAAGACAGACAAACUUAAGUUUCAGGCUCGAAACCCCCCUAAACAUCCUUUUGGUUUGUGUGCCUUCAUCGUGUACGUUUGUUGCCUGCCUCUGCUGAUUUUUUUUUUGACAUCUUUUUUCAUGGACAUGUUUGAAAUAAAUGGGGAAACAAA